AUGGACUCUAAAAAGCCGAGUUCCCGGGGUUCGAAGCCAAGUCGAACACCUGAACCAAGAACCUCCAAGCAAAAACCGCAGCAGAAAGCCGCGAAGCGACUCAGAAAAUCGUCACUAAGCAAGGCACAGCGCAAUUUUGCUGUUUUCAACAAAGACCAUAAGCAUUUGAACAAAUAUGAGAACUUAGAACUGGAAUCGAGCGGGUCAGACGGGGAUGAUGAGCAAGACCAUUCGGGGCAGCAGGGGAGCAAGAGCAACAAGAAUAAUGCAAGAGAACAAGUAGUAUUGAUAGAGGACGACGGAACUCAAGACCCUCGUGAAAUUGACACCAUUGAGAUAGUGGAUAGUGGGAGUGAGGAGGAUAAUGGCGUCCCCAAUAUCCAAAAAAAAUCCGCAUCGAUCGAUCCCCAAGAGGAUGGUUCAAACGCCUUGGAUGAUAACCAGGACUUUAUAUCUUUGAGUAUGAGCUCCGAUGGCGAAUCUAGUGGUGCCGAUGGCGACGACCAGGUGGAUAACAAUACCGCUGGGGACUACGAUUACGAUAAUUACGACGACGAGUAUCCCAACGAGGAGCCACAGAAGAGCAAGCAAACUCUCAACACUGACUACCCGUGGAUUUUGAAUCAUGACCACUCAAAGCAGCGUGAGAUUGCUGACUGGCUUACCCUUGAGAUCAAGGACUUUGUCGCAUACAUAUCACCCAGUCAGGAAGAAAUUACUGUCAGAAACGCGACGAUCGGGAAAAUUAGAAGAGCGGUCAAAGAACUAUGGCCGGACGCAGACUUGCACGUUUUUGGAUCUUUCGCUACCGAUCUUUAUCUGCCAGGCUCCGAUAUCGAUUGCGUUGUGAAUAGUAGUGCAGGUGAUAAGGAAAAUCGAAACUGCUUGUAUUCUCUAGCUAGUUUUUUGAAACGUCGUAAAUUGGCCACUCAAGUUGAGGUCAUUGCUAAAGCCCGAGUUCCGAUCAUCAAAUUUGUUGAGCCUGAGUCUCAGAUACACAUUGAUGUCUCCUUUGAAAGAACAAACGGAGUAGAGGCAGCCAAAAUAAUACGAGGUUGGCUAACGCAAACGCCGGGGCUAAGGGAGCUGGUGCUGAUUGUCAAACAAUUUUUGUCUGCCAGGCGGCUCAACAACGUGCACACAGGCGGGCUGGGGGGCUUUAGUGUAAUCUGCUUGGUGUACGCAUUCUUAGAACUGCAUCCAAGGACUUUGAGUGCUGAUAUCAGUACAACUGAAAACCUAGGAAUACUUCUGAUGGACUUAUUUGAGCUUUAUGGUAAGAAUUUUGGUUACGACCAUGUAGCAAUAGCUGUUCAAAGCGAUGGUGCUUCUUACUUACCUAAACAAAAAAAUUCGAAUUUACAAAAUCCUAGGACUUCCUUCUCUCUGGCAAUUCAAGAUCCAGGUGAUGCUAACAACAAUAUCAGCCGUGGGUCUUUCAACAUUAGAGAUAUCAAGAAAGCCUUUGCUGGUGCCUUUGAUCUCUUGACUAACAGAUGUUUUGAAUUGGACGCCGCGACAUUCAAAGAUAGAGUUGGUAAAAGUAUCCUGGGGAAUGUAAUCAAGUACCGGGGUAAAGAAAGAGAUUUUAAAGAUGAGAGGAGCCUGGUAGUAAAUUCGGCAAUUGCAGAAAAUGAACUUUACCAUCGUAAACGUGGAAGAAUAGUCCACGAUGACCUUUUUACGGAUGUGAGUGAUGAAGAGAAAGAGCAGGACAUUUAUGUAGUCGAGAAACCUGCGAAGAAAAAGCACAAGAAGAACAAAACAAAAAAGAAGGAAAGCACUGCUAAAGACUCAGCUUCAGAAGUUGGUAGCUCAGCCGCUAGAAAGAAGACGAGUACUGACGUCAGAAGUAGCAAGAACGUCGAGAGUUUAAUGGGGCUGGAUGCGACCGACGACGGCGAUGACGAUGGAUAUGAUCCACUUAAUCCUCCAGUGGAUGACGCCGCGAAACCGGAUUUAACGACGAAGUCGGUGAAUGCUCAGACGAGACGCGACUAUUGGCUAAGCAAGGGACAGACGUUAUAG